AGCAACUUCGGUUUAGGCGAGAAUGGAUUCUGGGUAUGGUAAAACUAGAGUGAAAGUAGAAGGUGACAGACUAAGCAACUUGCCGGAUGAUGUUAUCCACAAAAUCCUCUCUUUUAUUGGCAUUAAACAAGCAAUCGAAACAAGUGCUUUGUCGUCUAGAUGGAGGUAUGUCUGGACUUCAAUGCCCUAUCUCAAUUUCUCAACUAAAGAUUUUCGUACGUUGCGCAAGUUCUCCACAUUUGUUGAACAUGUUCUCUCUGCUCGGAAUAAUCAAACAGAAGUGCAUUCUGUCAACCUCACUUUUCGUGGAAAGAUUACCCAUGUGUUUGUCAAGAGAAUUUUGGACUAUGCGUUCUCCCACAAUGUCCAACAGUUGAACAUAACUUGUUUGUCUGGAAAGAAGAUGGAAUUCCCUCUUUCUCUCUUUAAUUCUCUGUCUCUCAAGCAUCUCACCUUGACUGGGAAUAAUUACAGAGAUGCCAUCCUGAUUCCAUCUACUUGGGAGCUGCCAAAUUUGGUCACAUUGAAAAUCUGUGCUUUCACAUUGAAUGCUGACGAUACCGGCAAGUGUCUUGAUCUUUUCUCCAACUGUGCAAACUUGAAAAGUCUCACCUUACGUCAUUGUAGACUGAGGGGCUUGAAUGGUUUCAAUAUAUGUCAUCCUGGACUAUCUAGUCUAACACUUAAUUUAAUUGGACAUGAUGGUUGUUUGCGUGUCAAUGUGGUUACACCUCAACUCAAAUAUCUCACUAUUAUACUUUGGCAAGGGGUACUUUCGAUUUCCGCACCCAACCUUUCCUUCUUGCAUUAUAAAGAUAAUUCCUAUCGUUUGGAGUUUUCUGCCGACUUUCUCUGUUUAAAAAAGGUGGAUAUAUGUGUACCGUAUAUCUAUAAAGAUAAGGAACAUGCUCAUAACAUUGUUCGUCUGCUUCAACAGAUUCAUAGUGUCGAAUUUCUUACACUUAGCUUGGAAGCUAUCGAGCUUCUUUCUUCAUUCGUGGAACUAAUCUCACAUCAACCUUCACCAUUUGCCAACUUAAAGAGAUUAAAGAUUUAUCCAAACUGUGUUUCUCGUUUGGCCGAGGAUCAAACAAAACCAGAAGUAACUAUGUCUACUGAAGUUAAAAAGUAUUUGCUAGAUAGUGCUCCAGGUGCCACCUUAACAAUGGUUUCACAUGAUGAGACUAGAGCUGUGAUGAAUGUUCAAUCUGCACGAAGCCUCAUGAGAGAGUUGCAGGAGCUGCUAGAUGAGUGGAAAGAAAAUAGUGAAACAAACACGGCUCAUAUGAAGCAAGACAAGGCACCAAUAGAGAGCCGCAUGUCAACGGUACAUGAGCAAGGGGAAGUUGAAUACCAUAAGGCACAACCAGACACAAAAAUGGAAGGGCGUUCUGGUGGAAGAAUGACACAUAUCACGUGCUAUUGGGAAAAUCUGAACAAGCAGUUUAAGAAAGGGAAUAAAAAAACUGAUCACAUACUUUCAAUGUUGCAGAAGAUUAAAGGCGUACUGACAAAGCUGCCUACAUCACAUCGGGCUAAGUUGCAAGAAAGGUUUUUUGGUUUGUCUGCAGAGGCCGAGGCUAUCAUGGAUGAUGUUAUGGAUUGUAUGAAGAUCCAAUAUGAUAAGAAGCCAAGCCGUUCAAGUGUCUACUUUCAUGAACUUGCAGCAUCAGAACCGCUUUCUUGA